AUGGCAGAAGAAUUACCAACGGUGAUGGCGAUUGAGUCACACUCGCACGCGAGCUCCACGAAGAAACGACCUUCGAAGAACGAUAAGUUGUGUCUCGAGGAUUACCUUCACCUCCUUCAUUCUCGCCAAACGCUUCACCUCACCGUUGUCCGCAUUCACGGCUUCAAGAAAAUCCACCAUGCUCCCAAGGAUAUUUUCUGUUACUUUCACGGCGCGAAUCUGCGAGAAGAACGAGAGAUUGUUCUCGAAAUUUCAAAGAGCGCGUCUGGAUUUCGUUCGCAGAAGUUGUUGGUGGACGCCGUGGAGUCGCUCGAUCUGGUGGAUCUUGCGCGGUCCACUCUGAGCGAGAGCGUUUCGGCGUUCGACGCCGUGACGCUGGAGGACUUGGUGGCGGAUCUCGGCGACCUGAAGUGGCAAGAGUGCUGCGUCACCUCCGUCAAAAAAUUCAGUUUCUGCGACGGUGAGAGCAUGUUCCCGGCUUCCUCCGAUCAAAGCCUUCGAGUCAUGACUCAGAAUCACUCGCAGUCGAUGACUCAGAAAUCGAAAAGGAUCGACGAAACCGGUAACCACAUUCCAGAAGCUUCCAGGAAAAGCCUGAAAACCUCGAAAAUGAUGCCAAAGCGUAUAAGGAGCAGCGCUCGCGCUCUUGACUCUGUUGCCUCCACUGUGGAUUCUGCUUCUCUCGCUUCAUGCUGA